AUGGAAACUGCCCGCCCACGACUCGAGCAUCGUCAAUAUAGGGACACUGACAACCCUACUCCACCAGAGUUCCCUGAGACUGGAGAGAGCGUCGAUUCGUCAUCGACAGUGUCAACUUCUCAAACACUUCCCCCAUUCUUAUGGAAGGAGCACGCUGUCCCUGGAACAGAGGUGAAAUAUCUACGCACCACCGGAGAAGUUGAUGAGGCUCUGCAAUCGGUCAAAGGGCCAUUUGGAUUCGAUAUCGAAUGGAGACCAUCUUUUGCUAGAGGGAUGCGAGAAGCACCUAUUGCAUUAUUGCAGCUCGCGAGGCCAGACCAAAUAUUUCUAAUCCAACUCAGUGGAAUGAGAAAAUUUCCCAAAAUCUUACAAAAUAUUUUAGAAGACUACAAGAUUAUUAAAGCUGGCGUGGGUAUUUCAGGAGAUGCGAAGAAACUUUGGAGGGACUGUGGUGUGUCGCUACUUGGAGCAGUUGAGCUCAGCAAAUUGGCCCGAGUGUCUGACCCUUCGAGAUGGGGAGACGCCAAGUCCAGUGAACUCAUAGGACGUGCAUCGUAUCCCAAGCAAAUCCCUGGUCAGGAGGGCAGUUCUCAGCUAAAUGCUUCGACAACUUCAUUGGGCUUAAAGCUGCUCGGGAUCAGCCUGGCCGGAUUAGCGAUACACACAUGGUUGCUGGAAACUUAUGCGCUUGAUGCGCAACCAAAUCCCACCGAAACCGAAAAAUUGGACCCAGCUACUUCAAUAAGCUUCCCGACUAUUCUCCAACUGGAUGGGGAGCCCAAAAUGACUUUACUCGGCCUUGGAGUCCGUAGAGUUUCAUUUCUCGGAAUCAACGUAUAUUCGGUUGGGUUUUAUGCAGACUUGAGCAAGGUGGAUGCCAAGGUGCUACGUCAAUGCAAGAGCCCAGAAGAGUGCAUCAACCUUUUGAUCCAAAAAACCUCCUGUGCACUGAGGAUAGUACCAACCCGAGCAACCUCUUACACGCAUUUACGGGACGGGUUCAUAAGGACAAUACAAGCACGCCAGGCACUGAGGCGUAAGGAUGGGUCACUGACCACCGAGCAAGAAGAGGCGGGUCCAAACCAAUCACUAGAUCUUAUUCAAUCGAAUAACCAAUGUGAUACGCCAACAGCCUUCAAGAAACACCAGCCUCUUCAUAUAGUUCUUUCUUCCUCCGCAACAAAGCCUCGUGAGCUCCGACUCCACCAAUUAGGAACCAUUCAGGACGACUGGCUUGCUACUGAAUUCUUUUUAGCUUAUUUCCAUGGUACCAUUUCACCCCCUCUCAUUGAAGACGUGAAGCAAAACGUUGAAGCCAUAUGGCUCCCAAAUCUGAGAGUCCAGCGGGGUACAAGCGUACAAUAG